AUGCCUCCUAAGAAGUGGGACGAGGAAGAGAGUGGUGAGGAGAGCUCCGGCCCUAACUCCCCUCCCGUUGCCGCCCUCCGCCGCACCAAGUUCGACGACGAGGAGGACGAGGACGACGUUCUCGACUCCUGGGAUGCUGCCGAAGACUCCGAGGUCGAGCGCGAGAAGGCUAAGAAGGCCGAGGAGGCCAAGGCCAAGGCUGCCGAAGAGGCAAAGAAGAACAAGAAGUCCAAGGCCCAGCGCAUUGCCGAGCACCAGGCUGAACGUGUUCGCCGCGCCGAGGAGAAUGAGUCUGAUGAGGAGGAAACCGAGGCUGAGCGCCGCGAGCGUCUUCGUCGUACUGAGAAGGAGUCCGACAUGAAGCACGCCGAGGAUCUCUUCGGUGAUAUCGGUGUCCCCGCCGGCCGCAAGGCCACCCUCGCCGGCACCGCCGUCCAGAUCGAUCCCAACGACCCUACCAAGACGGCCAACAUCGCUGAUAUGCCCCUCUUUAAACCCGUUACCAAGACUCAGUUCGAGCACCUCCGCACCACGCUGGCGCCCAUCAUCGCCAACAACGUCAAGAAGGCCCACUACGGUCUCUUCCUCCAGGAGUUCGCCAAGGCCCUGGCUAAGGACCUCCCCAGCGACCAGAUCAAGAAGAUUGCUUCCACCUUAACCGCCCUUGGUAACGAGAAGAUGAAGGAGGAGAAGGCCGCCCAGGGUGGCAACAAGAAGAGCAAGGCCGCCAAGACCAAGGUUUCUGCCGUCGUCAGCCGUGCCAGCGCCGCCGACACUGAGACGUACGAGGAUGACGCCUUCGGAGAUGACGACUUUAUGUGA